AGCGCCGGAGCCGCUCCGGGUCCGCGCCAGUGAGUGCUGCUGUUGCCGGCGAGCGAGCGGCGCGGCGGAGGGCAGCGGAGGCGGUGGGUGAGGGCGGCGGCGGCGGCGGCGGCGGCGGCUCCUGAAGCGCACCCGGCAGCUACAGCGAGGCAGCGCGGCAGGCACCGGCGGACACCAGCGGACAGCCGCAAGCGAGGCCGGCGCGGGCGGUAGGCGGCAGCGGCAGCUCGGCGGCGGCUCAGGCGGCGAGGAUGCUGCCGGGGAGGCUGUGCUUGGUGCCGCUCCUGCUGGCGCUGGGCGUAGGGAGCGGCGGCGGCAGCGGCGACGGCGGGGACAGCCGGCGGCGCCGCCUCCUCGCGGCGAAAGUCAAUAAACACAAGCCAUGGAUUGAGACAUCAUAUCAUGGAGUCAUAACUGAGAACAACGACACAGUCAUCUUGGACCCUCCACUGGUAGCCCUGGAUAAAGACGCCCCAGUGCCUUUUGCAGGGGAAAUCUGUGCAUUCAAGAUCCACGGACAGGAGCUGCCCUUUGAGGCUGUGGUGCUCAAUAAGACAUCGGGAGAGGGCCGGCUCCGUGCCAAGAGUCCCAUCGACUGUGAGCUGCAGAAGGAGUACACAUUCAUCAUCCAGGCCUAUGACUGUGGUGCGGGGCCUCGGGAAGCAGCCUGGAAAAAGUCACACAAGGCUGUGGUCCACAUCCAGGUGAAGGAUGUCAAUGAGUUCGCACCCACCUUCAAAGAACCAGCCUACAAGGCCAUUGUCACAGAGGGCAAGAUCUAUGACAGCAUCCUACAGGUAGAAGCCAUUGAUGAAGACUGCUCCCCCCAGUAUAGCCAGAUUUGCAACUAUGAAAUUGUCACAACGGAUGUGCCUUUUGCCAUUGACAGAAAUGGCAACAUCAGAAACACUGAGAAGCUGAGCUAUGACAAGCAACACCAGUACGAGAUCCUGGUAACUGCUUAUGACUGUGGACAGAAACCCGCUGCUCAGGACACCCUGGUGCAGGUGGAUGUGAAGCCGGUGUGCAAGCCUGGCUGGCAAGAUUGGACCAAAAGGAUUGAGUACCAGCCUGGCUCGGGGAGUAUGCCCUUGUUUCCCAGCAUCCACCUGGAGACGUGCGAUGGAGCUGUGUCCUCCCUUCAGGUCACUGCAGAGCUGCAAACUAAUUACAUCGGCAAGGGCUGUGACCGAGAGACCUACUCUGAGAAAUCCCUUCAGAAAUUAUGUGGAGCAUCCUCGGGCAUCAUCGAUCUCUUGCCGUCCCCUAGCGCAGCUACCAACUGGACUGCGGGACUGUUGGUGGACAGCAGUGAGAUGAUCUUCAAGUUUGACGGCAGGCAGGGUGCCAAGAUCCCUGAUGGGAUUGUGCCCAAGAACCUGACGGACCAGUUCACCAUCACCAUGUGGAUGAAACAUGGCCCCAGCCCCGGUGUGAGAGCUGAGAAAGAAACAAUCCUCUGUAACUCAGAUAAAACUGAAAUGAACCGACAUCACUAUGCCCUGUAUGUGCACAACUGUCGCCUCGUCUUCCUCCUGCGGAAGGACUUUGACCAGGCAGACACCUUUCGCCCCGCAGAGUUCCACUGGAAGCUGGACCAGAUUUGUGACAAAGAGUGGCAUUACUAUGUCAUCAAUGUGGAGUUCCCUGUGGUCACCCUGUACAUGGAUGGAGCAACAUAUGAACCCUACCUGGUGACUAAUGACUGGCCCAUUCAUCCAUCUCACAUAGCCAUGCAGCUUACUGUCGGCGCCUGUUGGCAAGGAGGCGAAGUGGCCAAACCACGGUUUGCACAAUUUUUCCAUGGCAGCCUUGCCAGUCUCACAAUCCGUCCUGGCAAAAUGGAAAGCCAGAAGGUGAUUUCUUGUUUGCAGGCCUGCAAAGAAGGGCUGGAUAUUAAUUCCUUGGAAAGUCUUGGGCGAGGGAUAAAGUAUCACUUCAACCCUUCACAGUCGAUCCUUGUGAUGGAAGGCGAUGACAUUGGGAACAUCAACCAAGCCCUCCAGAAAGUCUCCUACAUCAACUCCAGGCAGUUCCCAACAGCAGGGGUCCGGCGCCUCAGACUCUCCUCCAAAGUCCAGUGCUUUGGAGAAGAUGUGUGCAUCAGCAUCCCAGAUGUGGAUGCCUACAUCAUGGUCCUGCAGGCCAUCGAGCCACAGAUCACCCUCCAGGGAACAGAGCGUUUCUGGAGACCUGCCGCCCAGUUUGAAAGUGCCAGAGGAGUGACUCUCUUCCCUGACAUCAAGAUUGUGAGCACCUUUGCCAAGACUGAGGCCUCCGGGGACACAAGAGCCACAGGCACAGCCCCCAAAUCAGCAGUCUUGGAAGAAAUGCUACACAACUUGGAUUUCUGUGACAUUUUGGUACUUGGAGGGGACUUGGAUCCAAGACAAGAGUGCUUGGAACUCAACCACAGUGAGCUCCACCAACGACACCUUGAUGCCACCAACUCGACUGCUGGCUACUCCAUCUAUGGUGUGGGGUCCAUGAGCCGCUAUGAGCAGGUGCUGCACCACCUCCGUUACCGCAACUGGCACCCCACUUCCCUUGAGACCCGGAGGUUCCGGAUCAAGUGUUCAGAACUCAACGGGCGUUACACUAGCAAUGAGUUCAACUUGGAGGUCAGUGUCCUCCAUGAAGUGAGAGUCUCAGACAAGGAACACGUCAACCACCUUAUUGUGCAGCCACCCUUCCUCCAGUCUGUGCAUCACCCUGAGACCCGGAGUAGCAUCCAACGCAGUUCAGUGGUCCCGAGCAUCGCCACCGUUGUCAUCAUUAUCUCCGUGUGCAUGCUAGUGUUUGUUGUGGCCAUGGGUGUGUACCGAGUCCGAAUUGCCCACCAGCAUUUUAUCCAAGAGACUGAGGCUGCCAAGGAGGCUGAAAUGGAUUGGGAUGACUCUGCACUGACUAUCACGGUCAACCCUAUGGAGAAACAUGUUGGACCAGGGCAGGGGGAAGAUGAGACUGAAGGAGAGGAAGAAGAGGAAGCAGAAGAAGGUGCGAGCUCCAGCAGCAGUGGUUCUGAUGACAGCGAAGAGGAAGAAGAGGAAGGGAUGGGCAGAGUCAGACAUGGGCAGAGUGGCACCAGGCAAGCCCAGCUGGAGUGGGAUGAUUCCACCCUCCCCUACUAGUGCACGUGGGUCUGCUGACCAGCCCAUGUGCUCCUUUUGUAAAACCCAACCCAGCAUAUGCCCAAGCCUGUCACACUCACCUCUGGUUUCUAUGACAGGUCUGGGAAGGCCAUCAGCUUCCUUGAAUCUGCCCUCUAUGCUUUGGGCACUGCCUAUGCCCCACCCAUGGGGCAGUUCCAAGAGCCCAGUGUCACUGUCAGUGGGGACUACAGGGUGGUUUCAUUGCCCCUGUAGCCUUCCCUUCUUUUUUCUCUGGGCUCACCCAGAAUCCUGUCACCCAACCUGCAGAGUUCUGAUCACCUUGCUCUUUUCUGCAGGGGAGGAGCUCCCCCUUUGUGCCACUUGCCACACCUAGACUCAGUGUUUUCAAACUCCUUGGGUUAUAACUCACUGUGUAUGUACUUGACUAAAUAGUCUUUCUCCACCUACACCAGCAGGUCUUCCUUAUGCUGGGUCUCCAGGUUGCUUUAUACAGAGAAGGCAGUAGAAUCUCACUUAUAUACCUAAGAUCUUAGGGCUUAAGAAUCGAAAAGAAAGCUUUUGUUGAGACAGAAUUGAGUUUCCACAGAAAAGCCUGUAAUGUAUGUGUAUAUGUACACAUGGGUGCAUAAGGGUGCACAUGUGUGUGUGUGUGUGCACGUGCACACACACACCCAAAUACACACUUCUGAGCUUAGAAAGCCUUUCUUUUUACUUCUUCUGAGACUAAAUAAGCUGUAAAACAAGUUCAAAACCAAGAGUUAGUUGGUCUUUGACCCUAAGUAGAGUGUGUCCUUGUCAUAGGGCUUGCUGACCAGCUUUCCAACCUACCUAGGCAAUGCCUAAACUCUUGUGGCUACCCUACCCAGGGCUAUGACCAUGGCAGAACCACAGGGCCCAACAAGUACUUCAUACAGGCACUCUUCAAGUGACAGCUUGGGCAUGGAUGUCACUAGGAGUCAAAGAAAGGAUAGAUGGGCUGACCCAGCAAGGCUUCAUGGUCCAUACAGAUCUGCUUUGGGUUUGGUAUAGCUGGACUCUCCCUUGAAGGGUAGCCUAGAGGUUGACAAGACUGUCACCACUCAGCCUGUGGUCCCUUAUCUCCUAUGUUACUGUUGUCUCUUUAGGACAUAACAUCAUGUCAGAUGUAGUUGAACAAAUAUAGGUCCUACCAGUCUGAGAUGUUAGUUGGGAAUUUUAACUGCUAGGGAUUCAAAGUCUAUGUGUAAUAAUAACAGCUGCUUCUUUCUUCUUCUCAUAAAAGGAGGGAUGCUUUGAAUAGAGGGCAAAUAUAUCAAAACCCUAAUUUCUUGUUCUUUCUUCUUAUUUUAAUAAGAAAGACUUUUCCAUCUCCAUUCUAACGUGGGCACUUCGUGAGGAGAAUUGUUGCUAUAGUAACUGGUGGACAAUCUUUUGUGGCCUACAGAAUAGCAGGCAAGAAUUAAGGCUAUUAUAAGAGUUCCACAAGGCUUUGAGGACAUGUUUGUUUCAAACACCCUGAGCUCCUCUUUGUUCUCCAUCUGUAUGGGUCAGCCCCAUCAUCCCGCUCUGCCCCACGCCCAUCCUGAAUUGGCUUGGCCCAGGUCCAUGAUUGGUCUCUCAUCGCAUAGCAUUCAGAUCCAACUGAAUGUUGAAUCUUCCCAGUGUCAUCUAAACAGAGCAUUCAGGGAGUGAUUAUAGCCAAUGUCCUCUAACCCUCUGCUCGCCCUCCAGGCAUCGAGGAUCCACACAGCAGGUCUUCGCAACCUUCUGGCUAGGGAGAUCUACCUUAUGUUGUUUUUCCAUCUCCCAGAGUAUUUUGUGUAUACAUUCCCUUUCCUUAGCCUUCAGAUAACCCUGUGACAUAUUUGAGAAAUUGGUUAUUAGGGACUUUUUUUGUGUGUGUGAUGGGUAAACUGAUGCUCAGAGUCAGUGUCCUGUUCAGAGGCAUUCCAAGGUACAGACUACCCCUCUGCUCCUCAUCUGUGGUUCUACUCAUGCUCAUAUUAACACGUAUUUCUGAGCACCUACUAUGUGAUAAGCACGCUAUCAGCAGCAAUGGGAAUGGGAUGUAGCAAAAUGAGACAGACCUUCCCCCACAAAGGACUCGGGAGCUAUAGAAGGGACGCAAACAGGCAUGGAAAUUACACAGGAGACAGGAGGAUGAAGUGUCAGAUGCCACUGAAAGAAGAGGAACACAUUUACCAACCAACCAGUGCCCUAAUUUUUCUCUCUUGGAAGAAACUCCAGAUUUUUAUAUUCAUUGAAAGGAAAUAGACACAUCUCCUGUGAACUACCCCAAUCACAUCCCCCCUUUUCUGUCAGACCAUUUCUGCACAUUUACAAGGGAGAAAAUCUACAGGAAGAAUUAGGCUUUACAAUCCUAUUAUUUAAAUAAUAAGACAUUCUUCAGUCAAGCAUUUAGGAGCUACUGAAUUCUCCCAAAAUUAUGUCAGCAAAGGGAACAGUUUGCAUGUUUAAAACCAAUCCUUUUUGAAUGAGAUUUUGAUUGCAAAUAUUUAAGCCUAGAGUUUGAGAGCACUUUUCUCUGCUCUGGCUCUUCAUUGCCUAUUGGUGGACGGCUGUUCCCAUGCCCUCCUGGGCUACCUCUUGUGGCUGCAUUCCUCAUUCGUAGAUGUGCGAGCUGUUUGGAGAAUUAGAAUGCCUUUAUGCUUUGCGGUGGGGUAAGAGGAGAGACCAAUGAAAGCUGAGAGGCUUUGGGGUACAGCAGCCGAGGUGUAUCAGUUCAGGAGGCAUUUGGCGACUGGACGCAUUUGCAGGGAAAUAGUGGUGACACAAACUAAAGCCUCCUUCUCCUCUGUCUCAGCAUGCCAGCUCCAAAGCCAAGGUAUCUGAGUGAUGCUACUGGGACAACAGGCUUUUAUCCUGUUCCCAACACUCACUUCACCUUGGGUAAGAUCAAGGAGGGAGUGGUUAUAAAAUAGCAAGUUUCAGCAGGUAUCCAGGUGAGUGGUAGGUCCCUGCAUAGGCCUCCCAUCAGCUACUCUGACCAGGAAUGCAAGGUGCUGGUCACACUGGCUUUUUCCAAUGUCUGGAGGAUGGUAUUUUGAAACCAAAGUUCCCAGAUGGCCUGGGCACUGUGUGACCUCUAGGAAGAGGUGAGCAGCCAAGCAAAGGUAGACUCAGCCCCCAAGAGAAUAAGCUGACUGCUGUGGCCGUAGACUAGGCCAUUGCUUUUCUUGCCAGAUGGACAACCUGGGUCUGCUAUUCAGAGCUUGAACGUAGGCGGGCUCCCAGUCUCAGGUAACUCAGAAGAUUGGGAGGAGAAGAAGUAGGAGAAUGCCAGUGAAGAAAGCCAUUAACCCACUGAAGAAGUGUCUCAACGAAUCCCGAGUGUAUUCAAAUAGAUUUAAGCAAUUCUGUAAGUCUAACCAAGGCCCUAGAUCACACAGGUACAAAGGAAUGUGACCCCUCUGGCAGAACCUUCUGUGAGAACUUUAUUGGAUUAACCGUUCAUUCUGACCACUCGAAGUUUAGACCAAAUUCUCUGAUAUUAACAAGAGAGUUUGUCUCAAGGGACACCCACCAAGUCUCCAUGGAGAUAACCACUGCUAGAAAAACAUCGCCCCCUUCCCGUGUAUCAGAGAUCAGCAAACUCUCUGGAAAGAUCCAGAGAGGAAAGCCUUAGGGUUUUGCAGGCCACUUGUUCUCAAUGUUACUCUUCUAAACCCUGCCUCAUGCCAUGGAAGCAGCCUCAGACAAUACCCAAGCAAAGGGACAUUCCAAUUAGUCUCUCCAUCUACUUCCCAGUAAAACUGGUCUAUGAGACUGAAGGGGAAGAAAAAAGAGGCUAUUUGAAUUCAUUGAAUUUUCACGUCAUAAACUUUUUACUCUCUUAUUUCUCAUUUUCUACUCAAAACAGCCUGCUAGACAUCUAGAAAGCUAGCCAGGCAGAUCCAUGUGAGGCCAACUCUCACCCUGAGUACACAGAAAGCAGCCAUUCCCUCUUUCAUUAACCCCCACCCCCCGAAGAAAACACCCAACAGCUCCCUAGUGGUCAUUGCCUUGAAUUGAACAGCUGGAAAAUUCUGGGCUCUUUCAUUAAAGCUCUCUUAGAAGUUCACAGGAGACUGGAGAAAACGCAAGAGAAACAAGUAAAUGAGCAACCAAAAUCCCACUUGUUAUUUCUGAAUUGAAGAAAUCAGACAAAUAUUCCUAAGGCUGGACCCAGAGAACUGGCUAAUCACUGAGUCCAAGGGGCUCCCUUCUCUGUUGAGGCAAGCGCUAACUCCCCAGGCUUAGCACCUUCCCAGUAGGGCUCAGUCCAUAAUGAUUUCUAAGCAGGAGUGUUCAUUAUCUGGGACUGAUUUUCAUUUCAGCCCUGUUCAUGUCUUCGCUCUAAAAAUGAUCCUAAAGACUUGUGGCUGUUCGAAUCAAUAGCAACACAAUCAGCAGAAAGCCCUACCCAGCAACACUUCAAAAUUAACAGCCUCCUUGCCUCUAUGACUCAAUAUUAGCUGCAAAGAAAAACGUGCUUUUUCUUAAUCAUCUCCCAUUUAAAUUAACCAGAUAGGCUUUGCAAAAGAAAAAAGAAAAAAGUGAGGGAAUAAGUCUAAUUCUUUAGAAAAGUGGGUGAUGUUCACAUAACCUAUGGCCUCUGGAGGAUCCCCGGAGCCUCCUGCAAUGUGCUUGGCCAGGUUGUGAUGUUGCAGGCUUCUCUAUCUGUGCCAGACAUUUAUCGAGGCUGACAAGCCAAAGCCCUUGGCAGGGUUUAAUUUUCAUGUCACUGCAUCUCGUUGUCCAGCUGGAGGCAAGGGAAAUGAACAGUGUAAGUUUUGAAGUCAACUCCAGAACCUUCACUUGCCUGUCUUCAUUUGUUUUACUUUAUACAUUUUUCCUGCAUUAGCUUCCUUCUCCUUCUGACACUGGUUGGAAAUGGGGGAGUUGGUUUUACAGGAGUGACAAAUUAGGAGGUAAGCUUGACUUUGCCCCAUGGUAACAAAGAGAGACAGGAGUUACCUCCAUGAGCACACCAGAGAAUGAUUGCGUUGAGUCACUCAGCAGAUGGGAGUUUCUGUGUGCACCAAUGUUCCAAAAAUUCAGCAAGUCCUCAUCAAGCCCCCAUGUGUACUUGAUUCUAAGCCAAGAAACGGGAGAGAGGAUGAACUAGAGGCCCCGCCCAUGAGAAUCCCCUGCUCUUGUAGUGUCAAAGGGUUAGUUAAAGUCAAAGUCAAAUGGUUGGGAUGAUCCUAGGGGUGCUGAAGGGCCUCCAUGAACAGAGAGAGCUUCAGUGAAGUGAGCAACAUGCUCCUAAAUGCUCCUUGGUUAUCACGACUUGGGUCAGGUAUAGAGAAAAGCCUUUCCCCUUAUGGAGAAGUAAUAUGACUAAUGGCUGAGAGUUGGUGAAGCUAAGACAGAGGUAGUCCUUAAAUAGGAACAGCAGGCAGGCAGACCAGGAAGGUUAUGAACAGUGGUUUAAGUGGGUUCAGGGGGCUUCCAGCCAACGCCCAGGGUCUGGCCAGCCUGAUGCAAGGUCCACACACGAACGACUGAGCUCUGGGGACUCCGCAGAGGUUUGGCCAAGCCUCAUAGCUCCAGUUCUCUGCCUGGGUGAUCUGCAGGGCAGAAACAGCAGCAGCAGCAGCAGCCGCACCCUGGAAAACUAGUAAGGCAAUCUCUAGAAGUGAGGUUUCAGUAAGCUGUGCUCUAAGAGCAAAGCUCAGGAAGGCCAGGGUUUCAGAGCUGUCUCUGUGGAGGGUGAGGCCAGCCUCUGCGGGCACUUGGAGGAGCUGCUACUCACAAAUAACCAGAGAAAAUAACCAGCUCCUACUGAGGUUGAGGAGAGAGAAGCAGAGCAGGGGGGCCCCAGUUCACACCCCUGAAGCAAACAUUUAAAAGAACCUGGUUUCCAGUUGCCCUCCUUCACUCGGGUGUGAGAUGAUUCCUCCCCUUGUGCCCUUUCUCUACAGAGAGGCACUGCCUAGGAGGGGUAUAUUGAAAGCACCCAGCCCUAGGGAGGACACCUGUCCUGUUCCUGUCACUGAGCAGCCUCCCUCAAAGCCAGAUUUUAUGUGAGAGCUAUGAAGCUGCAGCAAUGAGACCAGACCACUAGGAGGCUGCUUCGCCCACCGAGCACAUCCUGGAGAACAGGGUCAUUCAAGGACAUUGAUAGGUUACCGCAGCACUGUUCAUUUGUAGUGAGAAUGGCGAAUGCCGUCACAAUUCAGACACCGAAUUGGAUGGGGAAUGGAUUGCUUCUCUUGGAAGGACAGUAACCCAUGUUGCUAAAAGUAGGAGGAAGAGAAAAAAAGCCAAAGCUGCAGCUUCAUCUACAGUGGGAAUCUCAUUCCUGUGGUCCAUGUAGGUACCAGGUUCCAACCAUUUUCCCUUCCUGAUUUAUGGCAUAAGAUCUAUGGUAUAAGCACCAUAAACCUUCAGCUGGAACUUCUUGUAUUUUGUCAGUCAUUGUGCCUGUGACCUAAGUCUAGCCUCCUAUUAGGAUCUCAAGGUCAAGGUCAGAGGUCGGGGCAUAAAAGAGGAACAGAUAGCGCAUAAGUCAGGAGAACCAGUCAUAAUGAGUUUGUACAAACCCAGCGCCGUUCCGCUCAGAAACAUGUCACCCCGACAGCCUCUUCACUGAGCCCCCUAAGUUCUCUCAAGAGAGCCUGAGACCAGCUCAGAGACCAUGUUGAGAAUACAUAUCUCUAUGAAAUUAGAAUCUGCCUGUUUAUAGCGAAGAGGGGGGGGGAUUAGAAGAUCAGAAAAGAAAAGAUAGGGCAUGCCUGUUACUUACCUGUGAGAAGCACAAGGAAAGCAGAUAGAGGGGUUUUUCUCUUACAGCCCGGCCUCUCUGAGUAAAGUCCCUGCUGAGACUCCUUUCCUAAGACGUAAGGCAAUUUUCUGUGUUUCCCUUUCACACCAGCCAUCGAUCACAAAAGCCUCCGAUAGGACAACACAGAAAGUGAUGGUGUAAUCUGGAAGCAGGACUGUCCUUGGCAGGUUUGUUCGUGUAGGACAAGGAGACAGUUUGCUCUGGAGCUGGAGAUCAUGUCCAGUCAAGGAUAUCAAGGGGAGGGGGGCAGGGAGCUGAGUGGGUUAUAGAACGUCAUCCCUGAAGAGACCGGACCAUCAAGGAAUGAGACACAAGAUGGAGUCACCAAACAGAAUACGUGAGCUGGUGCUUCUGGGCCAUUGACAGGCAUACCCUAAGGUGGAGCCCCACUCCAAGAGCCACAGUCUACCUUCCUAGUUUUCCCUGUUUUUCCCUAAAAAACCAGGACUGGAUGCAAACAGUACAGACCACAACUUUCCCCACCUCCACUUGCCACCUCCCUAAGGCAAAAGGAGUAACCGGUGUGUCCCAGGAUGCUGCAGGUCCUUUUCUAUGGCUGUAACCAGUGUCAUCCAAAGCACUGCAUCUUCUCCACAGUGUGGGCUCAGCAAAUGUUGAAAACAAUCCCAGAGAUCACCGGGCCUCAGAACUAGUGUGGUUUGAAAAGCUAAGAUGCCCUGGUGGAGAGAGGCUCCUGAAGCCCAGUCUUAAGCCUAUAGUUGUUUGCAAAAUCACUGGAGAGGGAAGAAGAGUGGAACUGGGAAGGGCAGGUGACAGUAUUUUGUGCUUCCUCAUGGAAGCUGACAGGAAGGGACUUUUUUUUUUCCCCAAAGUGAUCUUUUCCAGGUAGGGCCAGUAAAAGGAGCCCUCCCCACCACACCAGGAGCGAGGGCAGCUAGGCCAUGAUGAGCCCCACUUUUUCCACUCCAUGCGUCUCAGGACUGAUGAAAUAGAGCUUUAAUUUGUUAAUGAGCCCAGCUCUUUUAUCAGAUCUACUGUGGAAAGAUUCAUCACCAUGAAGCUCAGUCCCCAAUAGUCCAUCGAGACAAGGGCAGCAGAUAUGAGAGGCUUCAGGAUGCAGGCAAUGUGUAUUAAUCACAGGAACAAAAUCAUGUUGGCUUUAAUGUUUGCUUUCUUUUAUCUGGGAGUGAAAACACACCUCUGUUACCUGGACCCUUUAAACUGAGCAUGUCAGUGCAGAAGUGGGACACAAACAUAUAAAUAUUGAGGGUUCUUUUCCUCAGUAGAAUGAGCUGUCAUUAAAAAAAAAAACUAAGAGGUUAUUUCUAUUUGCAAGGGCAGAGAAUCAACAUACAGGUUUUAGGUCUAGACUCCAGCCCCCCUGUGGAAAAAGAACAAGGAGGUAGCCUCUACUCUCUGAAAGGAUUCUUCGAGGGCCCAAGAGUAAGGGUUCAACCGGAACCGUGGCUCACUUCACUGAGUCAAAUGCAUGCAUGCAUCUUUGGAGGCAAAAGUGCAUUCAUCCUUGUCAUCAGGGAAGGCUGGGCUAUGGCUCUCCCUACUCCUUGCUCUCCCCUCUCCCCAUUCCCCGCUCUCUAUGAUGCAAAGGAGCCCUGGAGCUCUGGAAGGAGUAUCGAUGGCCCUUUCACAGACACACUCUACAAGGUUGGAAAUGGAGCAAAUGUUUUGGGCAAAGAAAGUUAGACUGGGCACCCAGGUGAAUCACUUGAACAGGAGGGGAAGAGAAUGAGAAGGUGGUAGAGGUGGAGAGUAAACUGGAAGCUGAUUAGGAUCAACAGCAUCUGAAGCAACCAGGAACCUGGGGCACUGCUCUAUGUGUAAACAAUAUCCAUGCACCAAAGGAAUCAUGGGUAAAUAAUGCAGUGUAACCACAAAGGCAGUUACUGCAGUUGCUUUACGAGCCAGAGCCACUGGAAGCGGAUGACAGAUCAAUCUACCUACCAGGUUUCCAACCUUGUCUGCUUCCGAGAAAGAGCUGUUGAUGCCCUAAGCUGGAAAGGCAUGGCAGGCGAAUGGAGGAAAACAGAUGGAAAAUAGAAAGAAGAAAGCUUAUACAAAAGCCAGUUGUUCCCAAGGAAACCUGUAGUUACUAGAGUGGGCCUUGUUAGGAUAGCACAUGGGCAUUGUAAUGUCUGUAAGAAGGAGUCAGAAUGUUGUGCCAGGGCAUUAAUUUAGGGAAUUGGAGUAAUAAGCAUAAAAACACCAGAGAUAGCUAGGUGAAGAGCAGCUGAUAAUAUGUAUGUAUGUGCAUGCAUACAUAUCUAUACUAUGGAAGUAAGAUACAAAACAGAGAGAUCAUUCGUCCCAACAAACUAAUUCUCCAGAUGCCUUAGGUUAUUCUAAUUUGCUUUUAGCUCUCAAAGCCCUGAAAGAAGUACCUGGAACACUGCAGGAGUCCUAAACAUUCGGAAGUGAAGCACCUAGCUUGUCCUUACGAAGACCCAGUAUAUCACUAAACUCCAUAUUGACUGAACCAGAUAGAAGCAGGUCAACCACGCAGCUCUCAUAGCUUAGAGACGUCUUCGUGAAUGUUCAUAGUCCAUGCAGUAGUCAGCCAGUGGCAGACACUGGCCGCAAACAGUGACAGUGUUGCACAUAGUUGCUUGCACACAUUUAGAAUGUACCUGAAUAACAUCCUCAAUGCUGUCUCUCCAGAGUAGAGUCUGCCCCACCUACCGUGGUCUCUGCCUUCCCUAAAGUACUUGCUAAAUAUUGUUCACUCUAUCAUCUUCUGUCAUUGAUGCUGGGACUACAUGCAAAGGUUCUGGGCUCAGCCAGUCUCAGACCCUUCUCUGCUCCCAUCCCUGGAGAUGAUGUCACCAUUUUAAAGCCUUGUGUGAGAAACCUGUUUGUUCCCAGCUCCUGGACCUCAGUGAAUGGGAAAGGUCUGAGACGGGCAGGCUGCUUGCCCUACUGGAGUCUCUUUGGGGUUCACUCUGCAGAAAGAAAGAGCUGUCUCAUUGUAUGCCAUCACCUUCCACCUGUACCUGACUGCGAAGUGGCCUAAUGGUCAGUGCUGCCGGAGUGUCUUUCCCAGGAGCCAGCUGCACUUGGGGUUUGUGUGUUCUUGGCACACAGCAGAUUUCUGAGCCUCUUGAGCUGCCUCCAAGAAUGAGUCUCCUUAGUCUACAAAAUGUAUUUAUUUGGUAACUACAGUGUGUGUGUGUGAGUCUGAUACAAUGCAAACCUUGAAAUGUCUUACUAAAAGGGAUUAUGAAUUCAUAGAAAAUUGAAUCCAACCUCAGAACAGCGCAUUAUGUUGUCAGUCAAUAAGGUUGCCCAGCCACAGGGGGCCAGAGAAAAACCUUCCCCUCCCACCCAUUUCCUUGGUACCCUCUCCCUGCCUAAUUGCCCUACUAGAUUCUAACUGAUGCAGAGUGAAGGGUGCUGAGAGAGUACAUGUACAUAAAGAUUUAAGAGGGACAUAACCUCUGGGGAAUCAGUUGAGUUUCUUCCCAUGGUGUGAUCUUAUCAUGCCUGAAUCCCAAACUUUAAAUUUCUAACAAUUUCGAUUCUUGGAGUUUCUGAGUAAUUUGUUAAAUGCCUAUUCAACACAGACAGAUAUUUAUUUUCAGCCUUGGCUUGUAAAUGCCUACAAACUGAUUCAUGUUGGUGGUCAUUAUGACACUUCUGUGAAUUGGUUGAAUAAAUAUGAUUUUAGAAUUUCACAGUAA